GUUCACUCUAUGAUGCCCAACACGACUGCCCUAUAUGUCUAUCACAGUAUGAGGACAUCGAUACAGUCACCGAGCUCCCCUGCCAUCAUCUAUUCCAUCUAGAGUGCCUCGAGAAAUGGGUCAAUCGUGCUGCUGCUCACAGACAUCCAUCUUGUCCACUCUGCCGUCAAUGUCUGCCUUCUACUCUUGAG